AUGCCCUCUUCGCUCGCAUCGAUACCGCAGGCGCAGCUACCAACCAAGUACCGCGAUGUCGUCAAACUCGCCCUGCAGCCGCGCCAAACACGGGCCUUCGUCCUAGCCGCCAUUACUUGGCACCUCUGCCUCAGCGCCGCGCUGUUCGGUACGCUGCGGCUGGUGGUUUCGCCAUCGACGCUGGUGGUGAGCGCUGCAUCGUUCGGCACCGCCAUCCUGCCGUUGUUGGCUCGACGCAAGCGCGGGUUUGGGCGCAUCACGACACCACCCCCCAAAACACCAUCGUCCAGGGCAGCGCAACUCACAGCUGCUUUGGCGCAUGCGGGAACGGGAAAGGCGGUCACACAGCAUACGGCGGCGUUUGUGGGGCUGGCACUUGGGUAUACGGCGCUGUUGGCCGGAAGGACGCAGGGAUGGGCACCGCAGAUCUGGGUCGAAUCGCACCAGGCGUUCUACCUCAACGAACGCUUCCUCUACCUGAUUGGGCAUUCGGCACUGCUCGGUGCAGUGUAUACGGUGGUAUUCCGAUGUCUACCCUCGCCUGAUAGCGCGGCGUUGCCCAAGUUCGACGCGGAGAUGCUCACGACGGAUGCACGCGUGACGAUCAAAGACCGCGUGGUCUCGCUCGCCUCGUCGCGCCUGCCUCUCGCACUGGUUGCCGCAACACUCGCAUCGACAGCAAGCGUGCUAGUGUACGCAAUGGUUCGCGUGCGCGUGUGGAGUAGCGUGCUGCUGGUCGUUGGUAGCCGCGGCCUGCUGCGCCGUUUGCUGGUGCCGUCCUUCCGCGUCGAGUUCGGCGCAUUCGAGGUGGGGGUGCGCACGACGCUGUUCAGUGUCGCCGCGGUAUGCGCUGUUGAGACAGCGUACGUGCUGCUCGAUGUGUACCUCACACAUCCGCUCGUGGCGCUCAGCAAGCACGCGCGCCACCCGACGCGGAUGCUGGUCGACGGGAUCCAAGAGCCCGUGGUGUUUUUCGCCAGCCAUGCGUUUGCAGAGCUGGCACGGCUCAGUGCCCAGGAUGGCGAGGUGCGCGCAGCGGUGUAUAGGGACGUCAACUCGGACGCCACCGCGUGGAUCCAGAUCAGGGAUACGUGUCUGAAGCUGCUCGAGGAACAGAGGCAGUUUGUGGCGCGCAGAGGCGUGGUGGAGGCAGCCAAGCCACCAGCACCGGCAUCAGCGGUACAGCAAGCACCGCAACAGCAAAACGCGCAGCAGACACGGACGAUAUGGGACCAGCUUGCGUCGGGAGAGUCGACGCACAGCAGCAGUGCGUCACCCGCGCAGACGAGCGGCGCUACCUCUACGACUACUGGUGGCAAGCCACCGGCGCCAGCUGUCGUGAGCAUUGCCAACGCAAGCCGGCUAUUGCAUGGGCUAGUUUCGACUGCGUGGCGCCUGGUGCCCUCAGAUGCCAAGCACGUUCUCUUUGGCCCCCGUCGACGCCAACUGCUUCUGGGCGACUCGCCCGCCUCUGACGCAGCCUCUCUCAUCGGCCGCGACGCCAUACGCACCGUCGGAGCCGUGGUGGCACUCCAGUCACUCCUCUGCCACAGUCUUGCCGAAGACGCGUACGGGUGCGUGCAAAAGGACAUCCGCCGCGUGCUCGUCGCGCUCGUCGAGCUCCACACCGAGAUCCGCCGCCUGGGUCUCGAGCUCGAACAGCGCGCUCGCGACAUCGACCACCAGCUCGCUGAGCAACAAGCCGAGCCCAACUCACAGGCUGCAGCGAGCAGCGAGUACCAGCAACAACUCAGCACGACCUGGAGCAGCAGCGGCGCCCACAGCGUUCAUUCCGCCCUCACCACAGCCAUGCGCGAGAUUCUCGACACUUUCGCCAAGUUUGAUCUGCAGCUCGGCACGCAGCUCGAGGUGCAGCUCGCCGAGUGUCUGGGUUGA